GAUCAUUAAAAUAUCGUGGAAACGAAUAAUUUCGGGUUUUUCCCCUUCGCCUUGUCGCGGCGUUGUCCCAUUCUCACUCUGUACUAUCUCAGUCUCAGCGCAGGGUUUCGUUGAUGUUCUCCGCGGCUCCUUCUUCGACGCAUUCCAUGAAGAAAUCCAACGGCUGAGUCCCAUCCGGAAAAUCUUUGCCCGAGGCAAAAUGGAGAUGAUUCGUCGCAGCUCGCUGGGAUGGCUGUUUCUCCUCCUCUCGGCGAUCCUGAGCUGCGCUUCGUCGCCGCGGGGCUCGGUCUCCGCACCCGCCGCGACGUGCGAGCUUAGCUUCGCCGACCGCGACAGGCUCUACAACUAUAGCUUGGCCUCUCCCAUCCCUAAGUUCCCGCACGGCGUGCUCAGCGAAGACGGAUUUUACAAAGUGGCAGCAAAUGAUACUGUGCUCUGGUUUCAGGUUGUCUCCAGCAGGGACCUGUUUGUCUCUCUGUCCAAGAUACAGCUCUGCGGCGUUAUGAUGUUCAAUCAUGACCCACCUAGAUGCGUUGACUGCUCGGACUGUGGAGGUCCUUCACGCUGCGGCAUGGAGUGCAGUGCUCUUGUGACAGAUGAUGUAGAAGGCUACCCAGUAUGUAUGACAAUUGGGCGCGCAACUAGCACUUAUGUAAACGUCACAGAUCAGAAGAAACCGCACAGUGGUGUCACUGUCAAGAUGAUGGAUGAUGGUGGCAAGUCUACUUGUUCACUUUCUGUAUCCGUCAUAUGUGAUCCAAGCAGAGUUCAAGGACCAAAUUCACUUGAGAAAUCGGGGACUUGUGACUAUGCUACAUCGUUGAGGCAUCCUUCUGGCUGUGCUGAAAUAAUAUAUGUGCAUGGACAUGGCUGGGGUUGGUUUGGUAUCCUCCUGAUAAUAAGCCUGUGUCUCUUUGGAGGGUAUCUACUUGCUGGUACAGUGUAUAGAUACUUUAUGCUUGGAGUUCAUGGUAUAGAUGCAAUUCCAAACCUAGAGUUUUGGGCUAGCUUGCCACAUAGAACACAGGGUUUAGUUAUGUCUCUAGUGCAAAAAUUUCGAGGGCCUUCUCAAGGUCACCGAGGCUCCUAUACUUCCGUUGGCUUUUAAACAAUCAAUUUCCCUUCAAGAUUCAUUGGGCAAUAAUCUCCUGCUGCUUCUUAUGGAAAUAGACAUUCCAAGGAUGGGAUGCAGUCUUCCAAGUUGAGAAUUUGACAUGGAAGAUUCGGUUUUGGGAUCAAUACCACCUAAAUACAAAGGCGUGGCAGGACUCUCUCUCAUUUGUUUUGGUCGAAUAUCUCUCUCUCUCUCUUUCUCUCUCUCAUUGCAUUUUCGGAAAGCUCCAAAUUCUCAAUUGUUGAGGAUAUUUUCUUUUUGGUUCUCAUCCCAACUACAUUCUUCUACUGCUUUUCGUGAAGUUCAUUUUACGUUUGCCAAGUAAAGAAGCAAACUUCUCUGUAUAAAAUUUUCUUCUCUUUUAAGAAAUUGUCGGUAGGGCUCAAUUGAUUCCUCAGUUAGAU